CCAUGCUGCGGGACGGGGCCGUCCACCGGGUCCGCUGCCUCCACACCGGGCCGGCGGCCUCCGACGGGGCGGCCCGGGAGUGCGUGGCCGUCCGGGAGGAGGUGGUGGCCCACCGCCGGCGGCCCCACCUGUACCUGCAGCGCCUGGCCAUCGUCAACCCCACCGAGCGCCAGGUGGCCUUCGAGGUCUCCGGCCCGCUCUCGGCGUCCUCCCUGACCGGCGGUGCGGCCGCGGCCGGCGGCAAAUUUGUCACCAGCUUGGAGAAAGUGGGCGACCGGCAGUUCCUGCUCUCCUCGGGCCGCGUCCUCCAGCCGGACAGUGCCCAGGUGGUCCUGGUGGUGGUGGCCGCCAAGAAGCUGGUCAGCCGGGUGCAGGUGGCGCCCAAGUCCCAGUUCGACGAGACGCUGGUGUCUGUGGUGCACACCUCGGAGCCCAUCGACGCCUCCCGCCUGGACGACACCUUCAGCAAGCUCCGGGAGGCGGCCAAGAGAGAGAUGCUGGAGGUGCUGAGGAUGAGGGUGGAAGAGCUGCUGCAGGAGCACCGGAAGGCCUGGGCCGACCUGUUCCUCUCAGGGGUAGAAAUGAGGAAGAUCACUGAUGCUCACACCCCUUCCAGCAAGACCGUCAACAUGACCCUCUAUUAUGUCCUUUCUACCACCCCAGCUCCUUUGCUGGACCCUCUCAUCAGCGGCGAGGAAAAGGAGAAAAUGGAAGCCACCCUGAACUAUGCAGACCACUGCUUCAGUGGCCAUGCCACGAUGCACGCAGAGAACCUGUGGCCGGCACACUUGCUGAGCGUGCCUCAGGUCCUGCAGCUCUCAGAUUUGUGGAAGCUGACCCUCCAGAAGCGGGGGUGCAAAGGCCUCCUGGCGGCCGGAGCCCACGGCCUCAUGCAAGGGAUGGUGCUUAGCUUUGGAGGGCUGCAGUUCACCGAGAACCACCUCCAGUUUCAAGCCGACCCGGACGUGCUCCACAACAGCUACUCCUUGCGCGGGAUCCAUUACAACAAGGACGCGAUCAACUUGGCCGUCCUGCUGGACGCGGAAGGGAAACCCUUCCUGCACGUCUCUGUGAAGUCCCAGGAGAAGCCCGUCCAGCUGUACGCCUGCGAGGGGGGCUGCUCGAACGAGCCCGUCGAGCUCACCUCCGAGCUGCGCGGCCACACGUUCCCCGUCAUGGUGACGCAGCCCAUCACGCCGCUGCUGUACAUCUCGACGGACUUGGUCCACCUGCAGGACCUGAGGCACACGCUGCACCUGAAGGCCAUCCUGGCGCACGAAGAGCACAUGGCGAAGCAGUAUCCCCUCAUUUACAACGAGUACUGCGGGCCGGGGGCCAAGCCGCUGUUCCGAAGCAAGGUGUGAAGCCAGCCACGCCGGGGUGCAGAUGCCGGACGCUUUGCCAGCCGACUCAUUCUCUUGGGCUUCUGAUCCUAGGCUCCCCAGCCCAAAAGUAGGCGGCCCGAGUUAGGAGUUCAAAUGUCCUGUGGACAGGCUCUCUGUGUGUGUAUGCGUGUGUAUGAAGGAAUAGCAGCUCACAUUCGGGUUUUUGGUUGUUGUUUUUUAAGCUUGCUCUGGUACAAAAUCACAUUUGAGGGGGAGGGUGCACUUUUAGCACAGUUUCUAUUUUCGGGGACCACAGUUGCCUCCAGAAGAAUGUGUGACUGCAGGAAGUAGUAGCGUGCUGCUGAAUGUUCUGAGGUUUUGGCUUAGCAGGUACAGGGAGGGAGGAUCUGGUGAAAUAAGUGCUAAACUAGGGUGAAGAUGACAAAAUGAACUUGAAAGCGAGAGAGGGGCGCUUGGGGAAUUGCUCUGUACAGAUUGACCCUUAGGGCCUCUGGGUUUUUGCUGCCUCUCCCAGUGGCAGACAGUAUUGUGAUGGAUUAUUAUUAGGAUCUGUCGGGUGUAGGAUUCAGGGCACUGGGGAACUUUUAAGGCCAAGGAGACGAGGAACAGCCUUUUAUGUUCCUGUCUCCAGCAGGCUCUAGGCCUGAAGGAAAGUUUGCUGAUCUCUCCCUCCCACUUUUCUCCUUGGCAGGUUCAAGUGUUGAGUGGUGAUAGUUCUGGUAGACUCACAAUACAAGCAGAGACUGUCAGCCAAGGGACAGAAAGUCUCCCUCUUUUUUUCUCUCCUCCAGAGGUGAGGAGGGGAUAUAGCAGCUGAAAUGAAGGGAAACUACGGCCGGAUUGUGUGUUUGUUGUUGAAGUUUGCAUACCCAACAACCAUUAUCGAGUGACGGGCCAAGGAGGUGUAGUGCCAGUGAACAUUAGCAAGCUGUUGGCAAGCUGGACGUUCUGUGAAAAUUAGAUUUAGGUGUAAAAUGCGGGGGAGGAAGCCGGCAGUUCUGGUUUCCGGCAGAGCAAAGAAAUCCAUAAGCUCUUUCCAGCAAUCACUUUGUAAAACCCCCCCCCCAUGCAACAGAGAGAGAGAGAGAGAGAGAGAGAAGUGGCUAGAAGUUCCCAUUGUAGAGCUUGCAUACUACUGGAACCUUGGAACUCACUCAGAUUCUUUGUUUUGAUUUCUUCCUCUGUGUGGUGUGUGUGUGUAUUUUUUGAAGAUCUAAAGUUCCCCUGGCCUCCUUUUUUUCCUUUUUGCAUCAUGACCUUGUUGAAGAGCAGUUGGUACGACCAGCUGCUGCCAUUCCCUCAGUACAAACGCAUAACUGCUGCUGAAAUCAGCAACCGUGUGACUCCUGGUUCCUGGAAAUGUCUGGUAAAUGCCAGCGUAUGCCCCGACAUCAUAUUAGAACCGGCCCGGGCAAAUAGUGACCAGUGAAGGGACAGCCAGUUACCAUCACAGUAGCGUUACGCUAUUGUCCCUUGAGGUUUAAUGGCCAUUUCCAUGGAAAGGGGAGAAGGAAGAUAAGAGGCCACUGCUUUCGACAGCAGCUGUGUUCUUUCUAUGUCGGGUAGUUUCACAAUCAUGUGCCUCCCUCUAUGAGAACCAACAGCUCUUCUCAGUGUUUUAGCCAAGGAGAGAGAGUAACACAGAGCAAAACAAUGACACGUAGCUCCCGAGCACAGAAGUGGUUAGGGGCUGCCGCGUGGGUGCACAUGUCAUUUAAAGAGCACAGUAAAAAGACUCCAUGUCAGGCAGAAGUGGUGUCCUACGGAGCACCUUUGGACAGCAAGUGAGAUGAACAGUGUGGAGUGAAAGCCCUGGGCGGUUAGCUGGCCUGAAGAAUGCCUGAGGCAGGGUGAGCAAAGGUCCUUUCCAAGCAACCUGCCCUUUGUGCCUUGCGGAGGAGGAAACAGGAGCUGGUGGGAGUUCUUCACCGUCUCUCUCUCUUUUAAAUACCUUUGCUCUAGAUGUGUGUUGGCUUCCAUAACAUGUACUCCCUUUAGUGGAGAAUACUUGAAAAUUACACUGUCUUUCUCCCCCCUGCUUAAUCGUAUAGGAAAACAAGCCAGCUCUUCUACUUUUUUUGGUCCUCACCUUGAAUGACACAGUUCUGUUCUCCCCCUCUGCUUCUAAUUCUGUGUUGUCUCAUUUAUCUGUGUGCAUUUUAAUUUAUUGUCAGUGGAUUGAGGAUGUUGAAUCACUGCGACUUUUGAGAGUGAAUAACAGCCAAUUAAGAAUGUAUAUAUUUAUCUCUCGUGUGUUCAAUCUAGUGCCGCAAACGGGCUUCUCAGCCUUUUGUGAACAAAGCAGACACAAUGAUCGACUUUAAUUGAAGGGGUGUGCAUAGGUGAGCCAUUGAUUUUCCUGUUCCAAAUGUGUUGCGAUGUCCUGUUUCUAAAUUCGGGGUUGUGGGGCGAGACACAGACUUCCUGAUGAUUUGAACAUUGAUUGUUUGUUUGAUUUUACAAAUACCAAAGGUUUUGUUUUUUAAGGAAAUAAAUAUUGUUCAAGUCUA